AUGUCAGCUUCUAUAGCCCCGGAAUGUAACGAAAUCAAAGAAAAAUAUGACACAUGCUUCCUCAAAUGGUACAGCGAAAAGUACCUACGCGGCCACCACCAAACGAACGAAUGCGAAGAACUCUUCGUCAAGUACAGGACCUGUCUGACCAAAGCACUAAAGGAAAAGGGCAUCGACACAAUGCUCGAUGAAGCUCGCAAGAUGAGUGUAGAGACAGAUACUGAAUUCCUUAAGAAGAGCUAG